UGGCCGACCUGUCAGAAGACCAAUGAGGGAAAGAGGCCACAUUUAGCAUAAUCGAUCUCGUUUUUUUACGUCGUUUUUGACCACAGUUGACCCUCGUGGACAGCAGUGGACCGGAGUUAUUCAAGAUGAGCGGGUUGCCAGAGGGAUUAGCAAAUGGCCCAAGCAGGAGUGAUCACCUGGGGACAGAUGCUCAAGUUUGGGAGAGACCCUGGACUCUUGAAGAGAUGCGGCAGAGCAGUGCCAACUGGUCCUUGGCAGCUGACUCAGGACUCUUCCUGUUCCUCCAAGACUUCUCCCAGAGAAUGCUGUCGAAGACGCAUGAUAUUGAAAAGCAGUUGGACAGUCUGAUCCGUGACACCAAGGCCACAGAUAGCUGCUUGAACUCUGUCUUUAACGACUUCCUCAUGCUUUCCAAUACACAGUUUAUAGAAAAUAGAGUGUAUGAUGAAGAGGUAGAAGAGACUAUUCCCAAGGCUGAUGCUUUGGACAAGCAGCCUGAGCAGGAGAAAACUCGAGAGCAGAAAGAGGCAGCGCUGAUCCCUAAGAUGCAGGAAGCAGUGAACCAUGGCCUGAGAGUGCUGGAGUCAGCCUUUGAGCAUCUGGACAUCAAAGCGGGGAACUCUGAUUCAGAGGAUGAGGAGGUCACAGACAGAGUGGAGGCCAUCCUGGAGCCCAAGGAUCUUUAUGUGGACAGACCACUUCCAUAUCUGAUCGGUUCCCAGGCCUUCAUGGAACAAGAGGACGUUGGACUUGGUGACCUCUCCAGUGAUGAAAUGUCCGUUGACAGUGACAGAGACAGUGUGAUUGAGAGCGAAGAUGGCAAAGAAGCCGUUCAUUCAGAUGAUGACUUUAAUCAGGAGGAGGACGAAGGUCACAAUAAUAUUAGGAAGAAGUCAUCCAUGUUGAGUUAUGAGGAAGGUGAUGAAGAGGAGGAGGAUGAGGAUUCGGACAUAUUUGGAGAAUCGGACAGGGAUGAUGAUGACGAUGACGACGACGACGACAGCACAAAGAACACUGGCCCAUCGUCUUUUGCUGAUGAGCUGGCCGCCCGAAUCAAAGGCGAACCAGUUCACAAACUAGAAGGAGAUCGCGCAUCAUUGUCAUCUAAGAAGAAAAGUAAAAGCAGGAAAGAACCAAAACCUUCAAAGCCACAGGCAGCCGAAGAGGACAGUGAUGACAUGUUUAAGCCACCGAAGAUGGACGAUGAUGACUUCUCCCCAUUUGGGGGGAAAAGCGGCCUCUUCAGUGGAGGGAAAGGCCUGUUUGACGAUGAUGAGGGGGAUCUUUUCUCCGAGGCUCCAAAGCCUCCUGUGUCCGAGGACAAAAGGGUGCUGAAUGAAAGCAUGAAAAGCACAUCUCGAACUGCAGAAUCGGACAAAUCUGCAAAGAAGAUUCCCGCAGGUGCCGUUUCAAUAUUCCCAGAUAACAGCCUGUUCAGUCCAAGGAUUGGCUCUGAUUCAGUGGAGAGCAAGGAGAAUGGCACUCCGGUUCCUAAGACCAAUGCUGCCUCCAAGCAGGUUCCUGCGGGAGCUGGUUUUGGUGAAGGAGGAGGUGGGCUGUUUGAUGAAGAGGAUGAGGAUGAUGACUUCUUCAGUGGUAAAAGCCUGACGAAGUCUGACUCUGCUGGACACAAGAAGCCCAAGAAAGCUGUUGACCUUUUCGAUGAAGACGAUGGCGAUGGUGACAUAUUCAGUGAGAAGUACAGUGCUCCAGCUCCAGCGCAGAGCAAGAAGGAGGUAGUGGAAGAGCAGGUUAAACCACCUGCGAAAAAGAUGCCAGCAGGGGCCAUCUCUAUGUUUGGACCCGGGACUCAAAGCUUGCUCAAUGAGGGCCUGAAGAAGCGUCGGCCGUCUACCAGCGAAGAGUCUGAAAAAUCUCUGGAGAAUGGGCCGGCUCCAGAUGCUGCUAAGGCUGCUGUCAAGCAGACUCCGAAACCCCAGACGAGAGGCCUCUUCUCUGAUGAUGAAGACACACAGGGAUCUCCAGCUAUCACUAAGAGCCAGUCUAAGCCUGAGCUUACAAGCCAGGGCAAAACCAGCAAGGCCCCUUUGUCAUUGUUUGAUGAUGAGGAAGAAGAGGACCUGUUUGCAUCUGCAGCUAAGUCUAAAGCAAAACCUAGUCAAGCUAAAGCCUCCACACCGCAGCUCAGUGGAGCUGUGUCCAGCUCCCUCUUCAGUGAUGAUGAGGACCAGUGGGUGAGUUCUAUAAGUAGCGCGGGGAAGCCAGAGGUAACGACAGGAGGGAUGAAGCCCAGUACCAGUGCCCCCUCCAGUCUCACCAGUGCCAAAAUGUCUCACAAAAGCAGCCUCUUUGAUAAUGACGAUGAUGACCUGUUUACUCCAACGACAGAGUCGAGUCAGAAGAAACCUCAGAGAGUCGCUCUCUUGUUUGAAGAUGAGGGUGAUGAAGAUAAAGGAUCCCUCUCUGGCAUCAAGCCUGCUGUCAACACAAACACCGCAGCCUCGGCUGCUAAAACACCGGCUGUGGCCUCUCGGUCGUCCUCCAUGUUGGAGGAAUCGGAGGAGGUUGUAGUUUCUAGGACACAGGACAAGCCUUCAGAGCAGGAGAAGUCUGCACCGGAGACCCCUGAGAUCCCAUCAGCGCCCUCGCCAGAGAUCAGCAAGAGUAAAAAGAAGCCUGCCGGAGCAGUCAGUCUUUUUGGAGGCAUCAACGUUCUCGCCAACAUGCAGACGAAGAGCCCGUUGGAUGGAGUUGACAACGAUGACAGCCUCCUCUCUAAGGACAGCCCACCGCCCAAUGGCAAGACGGAAGAGAAAGUCAAAACAAACGCCGUUAGUCUGUUCGAUGAUGAAGAGGAAGAUGAAUCGGAUUGGAAUGAUCCGAUAUUCACACCCAGUAAACCCACAGCAAGCAGCACACUAAAGCCUACGGAGGAGCGACCACAGGCGACAAGCACAGGUGUGUUCCAGGACGAGGAGCUGCUGUUCAGUCAGACGCAGCAGAAGGACAAUGACCCAGAUGUCGAUCUGUUUGCCUCUUCAGGGAAAGCUGCUAGCUCCAAAGUCAGCUCAGUGAAGCCGGCAACACAAAGUCUGUUUGCAGAAGAGGAUGAGGACGACCUCUUCAGCUCCAUCAAGUCCAAAGCUCCUCCUCCGAAAGUAGCAGAGAAGCCCAGUAAACCUAAUGACAGAGCGCCACUAGCAAGUCCAGAAUCUGUAUCCGAGACUCAGAAACCUGCACCAAGCCCUGUAAAACCUAAAGAUUCCUCAUCAAGGAUUGGGAAACUUCAAGCCAAUCUGAUGAUCAACCCCGCUGCGCUGCUCCCUGGUGCUAUCCCCAGUGCACUCCCUGGCAUGGCUCCUAGCUCCUCCUCUGGGGGGUCCAGCCUGAGCCCCAGCCCUGCUACAACUCCUAUAGGAGCCCAGCCGGACCUUCAGGGAGCUCCAGUGAACUUCGACACCCCACUUCAGGUUACAACACUGCAGAGCGCGCACAAGAGUCGUGCCAAAGGUUCUGUACAAAGGAGACCCCAGUCCAGAACAGCGAGGCAGCAAGCAGCCCAAAGUUCUUCAAAUGUUAAAGACGUUCCUGGGACCAAUCCGAGUCUGUCUGGUUUAGCCCCGCCUCCACCAGAAAAGUCCAGCCAGACGCGUGCCAGUCCGAUCUUACCUAACUCGGCUGAACCCGCUGCCCUGCCUGCCUCCUCACCUUCUCAAUCAUCUCUCUCUGAAGUCUCCCCUAGACCGCCGGUACUGAAACUGCCAGUAUCCAAAAACACUGGAAAGAGAGACGCCAGUAAAGACAGCAGCAGUACCAAGGUGCUUCCGUCUGAUCAUGAGGAGGACCUUUUUGGCUCUGACGGUCUGUUCGGGGCCUCCUCAGUCACUAACGCACCCUCCACCAGACAGACUACCAAGACUACACAACCUCAGGCCAGUAGUGGGGCGGGAUUGAAGAAUGACAAAGAUAAAAGCACUCUCCCAUCCAUUUUUGAUGCCAACACGGGCGACCUUUUCCAAAAAGUCAAACCACGGUCAACAACAAAAAAAGCCACGGCCUUUUUGGAGGAAGAUGAUGACGAUGAGGACAUCUUUGGACUGAGCAACAGCUCCACAAGAACAGAACCCAAGAACAGCAGUAGUGCCUCAAAGCAGGACAUCUUCCAGGAUGAAGUUUCCACCGUGCCUAAAGUCCACAAGAAGCACAAGGAGAAGACCCUCGAUGCCAGCUUGUUCGAUGACAACAUAGACAUUUUUGCUGACCUGACGGACACUUUAAAACCAAAACAGAAGUCCAAGACGAAGGGAGAGACCAAGUCAAUAUUUGAUGACGACAUGGAUGACAUCUUUUCACCAAGCACAGUAAAACCAGUCACGAAGGCCCCCCAGAAAUCAAAGAAAGCACCACUCUCUCAGGAGACCAGCACAGCGGCGGAUUCAAGCAACAUAUUUGACGAUCCACUUAAUGCUCUCGGUGGGAACUGAACUUGUUGUUUCUGAGUAGCAAGAUUUGUACAACUGCGGAUUCAUCUUUUUGUCAUUUGGAUCGCUGAAAGAUUGGAGAUCGGAUACACUGUUGAUAGAGUAUUUAUUCAUCUGAAAUCUUAUAAAUACUGGGGCUUAUUUUUGGCAGAUAAAGAUUUUCGAAUGAAAACUAUUCCAAGCAUCUUCUGGCAGCACUUCCAAAAUCAUCUCGGUAUCAGAUCAUAUUAUGUAACAGUUAUUACGUACUGUUAAUCUUUAUUAUACAUAUUAGCACUUUAUAAGCAUCUCAUAUGCUUCGCCUCAAAGCCUGCAGAAAUUAACAGCAACUUGUUUUGUUUGUUUUGAAGAUGUUUAUCCUUUUGCUUUUCCAUGUUGAGAUUCCAUGUCUUUUGAUUUGUGCCAUAUCAUGGUUAUGAGAAAUCAAUUUGUUUACUUACUGUCUUCGGCAUUUUGACAAUGAUUUUAUUAAUAAGAAAUUCACCAAUUUCUUAACUUUGGCUGUGAUGAGAAAGGAAAUUCAUUUUUAAUAACUAAAAAGAAACAUAUUUUAUGCUAUCUGAAAUGAGUGUGAUUAUUCACUUGUCCUGAUGUCUUAGAUCAUCUGAUGAUUAGUGUCUGAUGUGAGCAGGGAGCCCAUCCUGGAGAAAGGAAACAUUAGAUCUGUAAUUAUUACACUAUUUCUGUUUAGUUUUUGGAUGAUUGAGGUUUUGUUAUUUUGCCUAUAGGCCAGUAUUAAUAAAGAAAAAAUGAACAAUUUAA